UCUUCCAGUGUCAUCUCUCCUCCUCCAGUAUCACUCCUCCUCCUCAGCAUAAUGGUGUGGCUCGUUGCUCGGUUUGGGUGGUUCGUGACCUACGCAGCGUUAGUGGAGGGCGUGGUGUUGUUGGUAUUCAUGGGCUACGUGCGGUACGACACCUUCUACGACGUCAACAAGUGGAACUACACCCGCCAGCACGGUCACUCAACACCCGACCUACAAACAUUUUAUCCCAUAUUGCAGGAGGUACAGGUGAUGGUGGUACUUGGGUUUGGCUUCAUGAUGACCUUCUUGAGGAGGUACAGCCACUCGGGCCUCACCCUCAACCUCCUCCUCACCGCCCUCACCCUCCAGCUUGCCAUCAUCACCAGAGGCUUCUUCACCACUGACAGAGGCUUCAUUAACUUGAAUAUACUCAGCAUGGUUGAUGCUUCGUUUACCUGUGGUGCGGUGUUGGUGUCUGUCGGGGCAGCACUGGGCAAGACUUCCCCCACCCAGCUCCUCCUCAUGUCCGUGCUAGAGGUUCCUGUCUACCAUCUCAACAGCCACCUCGGUCAUCACCUUCUUGCUGCAGUCGACCAUGGAGGUUCCAUCUUCAUCCACACCUUCGGGGCAUACUUCGGGGUGGCCUUUUCCAGGUGUGUCACUCGGAAGGUCGUCCACCACCACCACCACCCCAACAACACCUCCUCCUACACCUCCAAUCUGUUCUCCAUGUUAGGUACACUACUGCUGUGGGUGUACUGGCCAUCGUUCAAUGGUGUGGUGGAGAGCGGCAGGAGUCAGGGAAGGGCGGUGCUCAACACGUACCUGGCCUUGUCUGGGUCCACUAUGGGGGCUCUGAUAACUUCUUCCCUCACACACAAGAGGAGGAAGUGGAGGAUGGUGCACGUACAGAAUGCCACACUGGCAGGGGGUGUGGCAGUAGGGUCAGUGGCGGGCCUCAUGAUCCAACCCUGGGGCGCCCUCCUACUGGGGUACACGGCCGGCUCCCUCUCUACCCUUGGUUACACUCACCUCCAGGGGUGGCUGCUGGACAGGUUCGGCAUACACGACACCUGCGGGGUCCACAACUUACAUGGUAUGCCGGGUCUCUUGUCGGCUCUCGUCUCCGUCGGCGUCGCCCUAUUCGCCUCCGAGACCAACUAUGGCAAAGAAUUGUACCUUCAGUAUCCCAUGAUGGUUCCUGCUGCCAACACCAGCUUCCAGCAGGAUCUAGAUGACCUGGCUCCUGGGGAAGGUCGUACUGCAGGACAACAGGCUCUCUACCAGGCCCUUGCUACCUUCAUCACCCUCCUGCUGGCGGUGGUGUUUGGCGGAGCUGUAGGUUUCCUCCUGACGUUCGCGCCCUUUGACCCCCUGACGCAGCCACGGCUGUACACUGAUGCCCCUUGGUGGGAGCUGCCUGAGGAUGGGGAAGAGGAGGAGCUAAUAAAGGAGGAAGUAUCAAAUGGAGGGGUGAGGAGAAUCUUCAACAUCCAGGUGGGGGAGAGAGGAGGAGGAAGAGGAGGUGGUGCUCGUCUUCCUAGCCUCAGGGAUGGGGAGUGACCACAGUAACUACGACACUCACACUUCUAUCUUGAGACGUCAUCCUCGAGCCUUCACUCCACAGACAUCAUCCUGAAA